GUGCCACGGGAGGUGACGGUGCCCCGACAUGUUCCGGUGUAUAGGCAGGUGGAUGUACCCGUUGCUGUUCCUGUUGCAGUUAAAGCCAAAGGCGACCCGUUAAUUAAAACAGAAGGAGGGUUAAUAACUCUCAAACACUUCAUUAAUCAACACCAUAUCAUUAAUGUCUCCCCACAGCAGCAGCAGCAGCAGCAGCAGCAGCAGCUGCAGCAGAGGGUGCAGCAGCAGAUGAACCAGCAAGAUAUGCAGCAACAAUACAUGCACCAGCAACACGCCCAACAGCACAAUCAGCUGCAACAGCAACAGCUGCAGCAGCAACACAUGCAGCAGCAGCAGAUGCAGCAGCAGCAGAUGCAGCAGCAGCAGAUGCUGCAGCAACAUAUGCUGCAGCAGCACAUGCAGCAGCAGCAGAUAGGGAUGCAACCAACUUCUCCCCCGCCCCAGCAACUCCAGACGCCGCUGCACCACUCCCAGCUGCAGCAGCAGCAGGUGCAGCAGCAGAUGCAGCAGCAACUACAGCAACACCACCGGCAGCAGCUGUUCCUGCAGCAGCCUCACCACCCGCAACAAUUGCACCUGCAGCAGCAGCACCUGCAGCAGCACCACCUGCAGCAGCAGCACCUGCAGCAAUUGCAGCAGGGAAGCUCGACUUGGAGACAUGGAAGCCACAUCCCGCAGUCUCCUGCUGCAGCAGCUGCAGCAGCAGCAGAACCAGCACCGGCUGCUGUUGCUGCUGCAGCAACAACAGCUGCUUCUGUUAUGUUGAACAGCCAACGCCAGCAGCAGCAGCAGCAGCUGCUGCGCCGCAUCAGCAGCUCUCCAGGUCCCAGGAGCCCUGCUAGUAUAACAGCAGGAAGCACUACUGCUGCUGCUGCUGCUGCUGCUGCUGCUGCUGCUAGUGGAGAUACAGCUAGUGGUGGUGCGCCUACUGUUGCUUCUACAUGGGAGCUGCAGCAGCCUGCUUCGAGCUACGCUCACAGUCACUACCUGCAGCAGCAGCAGCAGCAGCAGCAGCAGCAACAAAAGCAGCUCUACAAACGCUACAAUCCUUAUCCAAACAGCCCCCGGUAG